AUGCGCAUGUGUUUGGAAAUUUGUCAUGUCCGCUUUCGGCUCGUCUGUCCGUGUCCGAGCCAUGGCAAUCGGGCAGGGCACAUUGUGGCCAUUUGCUUGCGGUCGUCGAGACCCCGGAAGCCGGCUUUUUGGUGGGUUCGCUGCAUCAGCGAGGCCGCAGGUGGAAGAGGACCUGGCCGAAACAACAGCCACGACGAGACGACAGACGGGCCUUGGUCCGUGGCUGGUGACGAUGAGAAGGAGGCCGUUUAUGUGUCUCGGAUUCAUGUUUCGAGCGUCACCAACGAAGAUGUCGCUCAGUCCGAGGCUGGUGAUGCCGCCAAGUUGGCAGGCAGGAACUGA